AGGGAGGGUUAUGUCGUUAUGCAAGAGUUUGGUGAUUUGUGAGAGGAGGGAGAUAACACUUGAUAUUUCGCCACGGGGGUCAGGCGAGAUACGAGAUUGCAGUUUAUGUAAUUGUUUAAUUAGAUAACAAGGCUUCGUCAACGCUGCAGAUGUGUUGUGCUGUGCAGGGGAUGACACUUGGGGAUCGGAGGGUGUGACUGCACGUCUUAAGGAAGUUUAUGUGCGUUACUAAAGUGAUUUUCAAAUCUGAUGUGUUUUGCAGGCAUGUAUAUAAAAGAUAGAACAUGCGAGGAGAAAUUGUGUAUUGCUACUUUUGGUGAUAUUUGAUGGCAUACCAAGGAAAUCUAUGUAUGAAUCUUGAAUGAAAAUAGCCCAAAGAGUUACAUAUAUAGAAACAUCAUGAUAGACAUGUAGAAAUUGUACAGUUAUAGAUAGGACAUGCAAGUCAACAAAUAGGAAAGGCACAUAUACUUGCUUAAAUAAGGAAGUGUCUUGGUUGUGUACCAACACUGAGGCAAAAUGAUGACCGAAGAGGAUCGCCUGGAUGAGGCAGAGGUGACAGUGGUUCUGCCUGACAGAACUGUACCUGUAGAAAACCAUGCACUCGGUAAUGAGUCUCCAACUCUCCAGGGAAGCUUGUCUCAUAAGUUUGAGCUCUUUGCAGCAUGUGUGAUGGGACUAAGCACACUAUCAGGAGGCUUUCUGGAAGGCUACACAUCCCCAGCUAUCCCAACAUUGCUCCAGAACAGUACCUUUGCCGAGACUGGCUUCACAGACAACACAGAGGAUGAGACGUCGGAACUGACCACAAUUCUGCCAGACGUGGAGAGCACAACUAUUGCAGAUUGGGUCGAGGAAAACACGACACUGGUUAAGCGAGAUGUGAUGGAUGCCAACUCCACUCUGAUGCCUGAUGUUGAAGUGGAAGUCAAAAAACUUUUCACAGAGCUUCAUUUAACUGAGGAGGAAGCAUCAUGGUUAGGAUCCCUACUAUUACUUGGAGCCUGUUUGGGUGCUCUAGUGUCAUCGUGGGUCAUUGGCCUUGGCAGGAGACGAGCCGUUUGCGCCUCCGCCUUGCCGAGAUUCGUUGGGUGGAUAAUGAUCAGUGCUGCUUCAGACGUGUACAUGAUGUAUGGUGGAAGAUUCUUAACAGGAGUAUCCAUUGGCAUAGUGACCUCAGCAGUUCCUGUCUACAUCAGCGAGGUGGCCCAUUCGUCUGUUCGGGGAGCUCUCAGUUGUAUAGUGCAAAUUGGUGUAAAUGUUGGAAUAUUCACUGCAGCUUUUCUAGGAACAUUCAUGGGGUGGCGAGGUCUUGCGGUGUUCGGUGCGGUCACUGUGGUGAUAUACUUUGGGUUCACUCUCUUCAUUCCGGACUCUCCAGUCUGGUUGAUAAUGUGUGGCCGCGAUGAUGAUGCAAGGCAGUCCUUGAGAAAGCUGAGGGGGAGAAAGUACUGUGUGGAAUAUGAGCUCCAGCAGAUUAUUUCUGCAAAAGCUAACCAAUAUAACCAAUACUCAUGGAGAGAAGUUGUGACACAGAGAUCAUGUGUGUUGCCACUAGCAGUUGUGGGAUUAGUCACAGUUGUAAACAGGUGCUCAGGCUAUAACGCCAUCAUCACAUACUGUGCCACUUUCCUCCAUCAGGCAGUCCCAGCUGUUAGUGAAUACUGGGCUGCUGCAGUUGUUACCCUAAUGCAGGUUGUGUCAACCCUCGGCGCUGCUGUGCUGGUGGACCGGCUCGGACGCAGAAAGCUGUUGCUGGGGUCCAUAUUAGCCAUGGCCAUAGCUUUAGCGACUAUUGCUAUCUGUGAAAUAGCAACCACUCAUGGGGCAGGUAACAGUUGGGUGGCUGUCCUUGCAACAAUCUUCUAUGUGAGUGCCUAUUCCAUUGGUGUUGGUCCCAUCACCUGGGUGUUAGUCGGAGAACUGUUCCCACAAGCUGCAAGGGACAAAGCCUCUGCCAUUAUUGCUGUUCUUAACUGGUUUUUAGCCUUCAUCAUUACCAAGACGUAUUUCAGGUUGGAAGCUGUGACUGGGAUUGCCGGCACCUGUUUAGUGUAUAGUAGUGUCUGUGUUGUGGGAUUGGUUCUCUGCUACUUAGUUGUCCCGGAAACCAAGGAAAGGACACUGGGUGAGAUCGAGGCCUAUUUCACGUACAGCAAAUUGUCCUGGAAGUCGAACAAAAAUAGGCGUGACGUUGCCCUCUCGAGCAUCCUGGAGCAAGAAGGAGGCAUUGUUGAUACUUACAGCACCUUUGAGAAUGUUGAUUAAUGGUUGAGUAUGAGAGUUGAAGUAGAUUAGAUAUGUCAUAUUGAGUUGAUUUUUGAUCUCUUUACAGUUCUGUGCAAUAAUUGGUUGAGUAACUCCGAAAGGUUUAGUUUUAGAAUAAUAAUUGAUCCUUUCUCAGUAUUUGUAGAUGCAUAAUUCACUUCCACAGCUCAGCAAGUAAUGUUAAGACAAGAAUUUUAAUAUGCAAAAAGUGUGAAGUUAAUUAUACUCAAACAUAUAUCACAAAAAUUAUAAAGGUGUGAAUGACGGGAUAUAGACCAUAUUUAGCC